CCGAAUCGUCGGUAGACCUUAUAUCUAGCGAUUUUCUAGCGGUUUAAAUCGAAUUUAGCGGAUUAUUUUUUCAGGAGUUGGCAACACUGCAAGUUGCUCGUGUCUUCCAUGUUCCAUUCUUCUACUACGCGGAGGAAGUAACAAUGGCGGACGCUGCUCCAGCCGCACGUGGUGGCUUUCGUGGAGGUUUUGGCUCUCGUGGUGGUGAUCGUGGGGGUUUGAGAGGUCGAGGAGGACGUGGUAGAGGUAGAGGACGCGGUCGUGGACGUGGGAAGGAAGACAGCAAGGAAUGGGUCCCAGUUACUAAGCUGGGUCGUUUGGUCAGAGAUGGCAAAAUCCAAUCUCUUGAACAUAUUUAUCUAUUUUCCCUGCCCAUCAAAGAAUUCGAAAUCAUUGACAAGUUUCUCGGGCCAGACCUCAAGGACGAGGUCUUAAAGAUCAUGCCAGUGCAGAAGCAGACAAGAGCAGGUCAACGCACGCGUUUUAAGGCUUUUGUAGCCAUUGGAGAUAGCAAUGGCCACAUUGGACUCGGAGUGAAGUGCUCUAAGGAAGUGGCCACUGCCAUUCGCGGUGCCAUCAUUCUGGCCAAGCUUUCCGUCGUGCCCGUACGACGCGGUUACUGGGGCAAUAAGAUCGGCAAACCACACACGGUGCCAUGCAAGGUGACUGGCAAAUGUGGCUCUGUGCAGGUGCGCCUGAUCCCAGCGCCCAGAGGUACCGGCAUCGUGUCCGCCCCAGUUCCCAAGAAGCUGCUGCAGAUGGCCGGCAUCGAAGAUUGCUACACCUCGGCCAGGGGCUCCACCUGCACCCUCGGCAACUUUGCCAAAGCGACGUAUGCCGCGAUCGCCAAGACGUACGCGUACCUGACGCCCGAUCUCUGGAAGGAGCAGGCCCUGGGCAAGACGCCGUACCAAGAAUUUGCAGAGUAUCUGUCAAAGACUCAUAAAGGAGGCGCAAGAGCAGCGGAAGUUGUCUAAAUAAAUAAGACAUUCAGCUGCCACAAAAA